AUGUCGCCCGUACCACCCCCAGCCGGCGCCUUCGUCCCAUCCGAUGACUGGACCGAGGAUCCAUCUUUCGACCUGUCACCUUCCGCCCAUCAUUUCGCCUUACCCACCUCUCCCUCGUCUUCAUCCACCUCGUCUACGUCCCAUCGCUCGUACAGCAAUUCUCGACAGCACGCUUCCUCGCCUCUUCGUCAGUCGUACACGGGUGUCAGCAAAGGUACGAUCAAGUUGAAGAAGAGGGAAGACGUAGAAGAACUAUUAGAUUUCGAUGAAGAUGGAUUUGAUCUUCCAACGAGUACCCACAACUUGACGAGACCAUCCAGACCAAGAUCCUCGACAUCAUCUUCAAUCACACGCACGGUGAUAGGUAGUGGACCUACUGGAGUAGGAACGAUAACGAAGUUGGGUAGUUCACCUGUAUCUCAACCCAGCAUCAUGAAAGGGACGGUCAAAGCUCGUGCGCUUGCUAUAGAGAAAUCAUGGGAGGCAGAUGUCGAUUUUGACGAUGACGAUCUUAAAUCCAUCACCACAAUCCCUAACAAAUCGAAACACAGUACCAAUAUCAGCACUAUAAAAAGAUUAACCCUAUCUCCACCUAGGAAAGGAUUCAUGCCACCACCCGACGCAUUAGAUAAUUUAGGAUUUGACCUGGACGAAGAGGAUCAAGCUACGUUGAAAGCUGGUGCAACUAUAAAAGCAAUGUUACCGCCGCCAUCUAACAAGAACAGAAGAGAUUCCACCAUCAAAUCAUCUAAAUCCAAUACCAACCUAAAUGUCAUUCCCGUUCCAUCGACUCCCCCAAACCAAGAUCCAGAUUCGAUUGAAUUGGAAUCUGAUUUCGCUCUACCUCUCAACCUUACCAAUCUCACUCUGGCCACUCAGCCUCAACAUUCACGUAAGAACAGUAACAAAUCUAGAAUAUCCAACGCAUCGACCACGACAGCUACUACCGCCGAAUCAUGGGACUCACCCGGAAGUAGUAACAAGAAAGGUUGGGGAUGGGGAUCAGAAGAUUCACCUGGACCAAGUGACGCGCAUAAAAGAAGAUCAGAAACUUCAGCUACUAGUAUAUCAGAUGCUUUACCUGAAACUUCCGACGAAACUAAAUCACGAACUAGAAACUUGUUGGUGGAACCUGAUAAUGAUUUAGAACGUGAAGAGGAUGAUAUGGAAAAUGGUCUGAUCUUACCUUCUCCCACUUUCUUUUCUAAUAAAAGAUCAAAAGAGCUGAACUCCAUAUUGGAUAAAAAGAGGAAACCUCAAUUCGCACCCACACCUAAAAAUAAUCACCCUCACCAUUCGAAUGCUAUUGAUGAAGGUUCGAGGAGAGGACAUCAUAUGGAUGAUUCGUUCGAGGAUGGUUUAGUAUUGGAUGAACCAGGAGUGGAAUUGAGCAAACACAGAUUAAGAGAGAAGAAACGUGCUAGAGAUAAAUUCCCAAUAUCCACUAUCAAACAACGUGGUGGGCCUUCCACGGGCACUACCACUUCCACCAAGAGCGUAGCUAGAGAAAGAGAAAAAGCAUGGGAGAAACAGCGUGAACGAGAUUGGGGGAGAGUAACUCCUGUCAACAAUACCAAUAUCAAUUCAAGAGAACGAACACAUUCUACACUCGGUCUUACAUUCCGAAGUAAUUCGGCAUCAGCAGGAACCUUGUUGAAAGAUGGAGGUAACAACCGAGUUGAUUCACCUAGCUUGUUGACGGGAAGAGAGAAAGAAUCAAUGAGAUCUAGAUCAGGUCAUAUACAUUCAAUGUUACCUCCUCCUCCAUCUAUACCACCAGCAGCACCAACAGCCACUCCAUCUUCUAGAUUACGACAUCAAAAAUCACAUUAUCACCUCGCUGCUCAACCUACUCCUUCGCCAAAUCUGGCUCGUAAACAGUCCCUGGCGUCACUACAAGAUGCUUUGGCAGAUCGGACAUUUACUCCGUCGGGUGUAGGAGAAACGCCAAGGUAUCACAACUCCACAUCUAGAUUGACAAUGCCAACAUCAAGUUCGAAAGCUAAAAGUCGUCCACCAAUUAAUUCGAUUUUUCCUACUCAUACACCUCAAUCAUCUGCUAGUUCAUCUUCCAGUAUACAUCCCUCUCUUAGGGAUAGAGAUGGAGUGAAGAGAAUGGUGGAUAUGCCGAAGAGAAGUAAGACAUGGGGUGAUGGAUCGGAAUUGGAUGGGAUUGAUGAUUUGACGAUUGAUGAUGAUCAGCAUAAGUCGACAAUUAAGGGGAGUGCGAUAAGUGGUUUGGGAUUAGGUAAACCGAGUAGAAGAGGUCAUGAGCCGUUAACGUCACGCCCCACAACAUCAUCAAAUAUCAAACCUACACCGACGCCCUUUGAAUAUGCAGAAAGAAGGAAGAAAUCUGGCUCAGGUCCCACAACGAAUAAUACUACCUCAACGUCAACAGCGAAGAGGAAGAAUAGGAAACCUGCUUUGAUCAAGCAUUUUGGUGUAGCCGAUAAGAAGAAGGUGGUCGGUGAGAUGACCUGGAAUCCAAGUACAUUACGAUGGGAAGGUAACGAGUCGAUCUUAAGGGAUUUCGACACCAUAUCGACUUCCGCUCGACCAGCUCUUAUCACUCAUUAUACCGGUUCUUCAGUGGGUGUAGGUGGAUUAUCAUCACCUGUCGGUUCGGCUCCUGCUGCACCUCGCAUAGUCGGUGAUAUGCAAUUCGAUCCGAUCCAAAUGAAAUGGGUUAGUAUAUUAUCGCCGGAAGAAGAUGAACCUGAUCCAUUUGAGGGUAUGGCGGAUGAUGAAGAUGAUGAAUUUGGUUUUGGGACUGGUACGAUCACAAGAUCAUCAGGUAGGAAGUUUGUGACUGUUGGUCUGAACUCGAUAGGAGGAGGUGGUGGAUCCUCGAACUGGACAUCCAGACUAGCUUCUGAAUCAUCUGUUAUGACUUCGACAACUACCAACACAUCGGCAUCGACGAACCAAGGGUCGAAUUGGGAUGAAAAUGGAUCUGGUAUGGUGUCUGAGGAAUUAUGGAAGGAAUGUAAGAUGGCUGAAGAAAGACACAAGAAGGAGAUGAAAGGGUGGAUCAUGAGGAGUACCUCAAAUACGAAUGAAUUGAGAGAGAGGGAGAGGAAAGAGGAAAAGAGAUUAUGGGAAAUCAGAAAUUUAGCUAUGAAGAGUUGA